AUGAAUGGAGGCGCAUUUCUGAGUUUGACGGGAGAAGAAGCAUAUCGGACCUUGGAUCAGUUGUCCGACAACUCCCAACAGUGGGAUUUUUCAAGCUAUCGGGAUAGAUCAGCUUGCAUCCAAAAGAAGGGAGGCAUCUACGAGGUGAAGGAAGAUAUGGAGCUAAAGAUGAAGUUAGAUGCCCUUACUAAGAAGGUCGAUGCCCUCGUCAUAGGGAAAUCCAUCAAUGUGGUGAACCCAUUCCACGUGGAUUGCUGUUCCACCUGUGCUAGCCCCAUUCACUCAGCACAAACUUGUCCUUCUUUGCCAACCUUUGUCGAGUCAUCAAUGGAACAAGCUAUUGCCAAGAUGGAGACUCAAAUUGGGCAGAUUGCUAAUCACCUGGGUGAGAGAGAAAAAGGAAAGCUCCCUAGCCAGCCUGUACCAAAUCCAAGGUUGCAGUUUCAAGGGGGAAGUUCAUCCAAUGCUGUGCAGGGGCAAGAGGAUGUUCAAGCCAUUGUCUCACUUAGGUCAGGGAGACAAGUGGACAACCAAGUGGGUCUUCCUGAAGAGAACCCUGUUGCUCAACAAGAGCGAAAUAGUGGCAGCACAAAGGAAAAGGAUGUGGAGUCAUCUACAGCCACUGAUGAGACCCCUCCUAGGUCAUUUAUACCUAAGGCGCCCUACCCUGACAGAUUACUUGCGCCCAAAAAAGGAGGGAAGUUCGAGGACAUUCUGGAGGUAUUCAAGCAGGUGCAGAUCAAUAUCCCAUUUUUAGAUGCCAUCCAGCAGGUGUCGUCUUAUGCCAAGUUCUUAAAGGACUUUAUUACUGUUAAAAGAAAGACCAAUGUCCCGAAGAAGGUAUGUUUGACCGAGCAUGUCAGUUCGAUCCUGCAAUGCAAGUUGGCCAUCAAGCACAAGGACCCUGGAUGUCCGACCAUCUCUUGCAUGAUAGGAGUUAGCCGCAUAGAGAAGGCUCUGCUAGAUCUUGGAGCAAGUGUCAACCUCCUGCCUUAUUCGGUUUACCUACAAUUGGGGUUGGGAGAAUUGAAGCCUACCUCUAUGACGCUCCAAUUGGCUGAUCGGCCAGUAAAGGUACCACGGGGAAUUAUUGAGGAUGUUUUGAUUAAGAUCUCUUUUAGUAAUAUGGCCGUGGAGCUGAACAUCUUCGACAUCAGCAAACAACCAUUAGAGACUAUUGAGAUUGGAAGUGCAUGCUUGAUUGAGGAGAUCAUUGAAGAUACUAUUGAUGAAACGAGCAUUGAGGACCCCUUAGAGGCGUGCUUUGUUCAAUUCGGAGAAGAUUUGGAUUUAGAUAAGCUGCUUAAGCAAGCAAAUGCCAUGUUAGAGUUUGCUCCUCUAGAGAGCAGCAAGGAAGAUGAGGUAGCAGUACCUGAGCCUCCCAAUAAGGAACUUAAGCCAUUGCUUGACAAUCUGAAGUAUAAGUUCCUAGGUCCAGCUGAAUCAUUGCCAGUGAUUAUAGCAUCAGACUUAGUUGAUACUCAAGAAGAAAAAUUACUGGAUGUUUUAAGAGAGCACAAGGAGGCUAUUGGCUAG